CCGGGAACCCAAGUCACGUGGGGCGCUUUGCAUCGUGACUUGUGUCAGCUGACUGCGGUCAAAAAUAACAGCAGGUCGAGUCAGUCGUCGAGUCCGAGUCGCUCUUUCUUUUGUGUACUAGUCGUCCAUCAUGGCGAGUCAGUCUCAGGGCAUCCAGCAGCUGCUGCAGGCGGAGAAGAGAGCCGCCGAGAAGGUGGCGGAAGCCCGUAAACGUAAAAACCGUCGUCUGAAGCAAGCCAAGGAAGAAGCUCAAGCUGAGAUCGAACAAUAUCGACUCCAGAGAGACAAAGAAUUUAAGACGAAAGAGGCGGCGGCCCUGGGUUCCCAUGGCAACAGCGCCGUGGAAGUGGACCGGGACACGGUCGAGCGCAUGGGUCGUAUCCAAGCCAGUUACCGUGGUAACCGGGAGGCGGUCCUGGGUGACCUCCUGCGCCGCGUGUGCGACAUUAAACCCGAAUUUCACGUUAACUACCGCGUGGCUGGCUAGUAUGAUAACGAGGUGGCGGUGGCACUGUUAGCAUUCCUGGCUUGAUGUUGAUUGUUUUGUGCUGUGUUUGUUGAUGUUAAUAAAUAUUUAAAUGUG